UGUUGAAACAGUAGGGCCUGCCUGCUCAUUGUCUAACACACACUGCUUACAAUACAAACUGACUCUUCAGUUUUGUUUUGUUUUGUUUUUUAACACCAAAGAUCCCCAAAACUUAUUCUUUUCUAGUGAGGCUGCUCAAUUCACCCUGACUGCCGACCCCACGGCUAUGACUGCUGCUCCCUUGUUGAUGACUGCCUGAGAAAGAGAACGAGGAAAUCUGCACUAAGGGGAGAUACCAGGACCGGUGGGUGCUGAUGGAAGAAGUUUCCCCAAAGGGAGUUUCCUACACCAAUGGAAACAAUGCUCACCCUGGCAGAUUUCAUCAGGAAGGAGCCCAAGAGUAUCCAUGGAUACCCCAUGGUCUAUGCCUUUUCACACAACUGGGAGAGAAUAGAGAAGUUCCAGUGGAGGCCAGAUGACAUUGUGAUUGCCACUUACCCCAAAUCUGGUACCACCUGGAUUUCCGAAGUUGUGGAUAUGAUUCAAAACGAUGGCGACAUUGAAAAAUGUAGUCGAAGCGCCAUUACUGAAAAAAUUCCAAUGUUGGAAUUGUUUGUCCCAGGGUUGAGGAUUACAGGCACAGAGGCAUUAGAAAAAAUGCCCUCACCCCGCCUUAUCAAGACCCAUCUGCCAGUUGAUCUCAUUCCCAAGGACUGCUGGAAAAACAACUGCAAGAUAAUUUACAUGGCAAGAAAUGCCAAAGAUGUUGCAGUUUCAUAUUACCAUUUUGAUCUGAUGAAUAAACUAGAGCCUUACCCCAACUCCUGGGCAGAGUACCUGGAGAAGUACAUGACUGGAAAAGUGUCCUACGGCUCCUGGUUUGCCCACGUGAAGAGCUGGUGGGAUAAAAAGGAAGAUUACCCUAUGCUCUAUCUGUUCUAUGAAGACAUGAAAAAGAACCCUAAGAAGGAAAUCAAGAAGGUGAUGCAUUUCCUGGGGAAGAACCUAGAUGAAGAGGUCUUGAGGAAGAUCAUCCAUCAUACCUCAUUUGAAAUGAUGAAAAAUAACCCCUUGUUGAACUUCACAAAUAUAUCGAGUAAAAUGAUGGAUCAUGAUGUCUCCUCUCACCUGCGGAAAGGGAUUAUUGGUGACUGGAAGAAUUACUUUACAGUGGCCCAGAAUGAAAUAUUUGAUGGGCUGUAUGAGAAGGAAAUGGCCCGAACCACAUUGAAGUUCUGUACAGAGGUGUAAGGUGACCUGACUCUCAAGCUUGUGUUCCUGUGUUAUAAGCUGAAGGCACCAGUAGCUAAACACAUCCCCAUCACCACUUGGUGGUUCCUCGGUGCCUUCUACCAAUUUCUUAUUGCCUUUUUCACAUCCUUAUCAAGUCCCUGGCCAAAAGGGAAUGUAAGGUUUUACUUUUCCCUUGCCCUGAUGGCUCUGAAAACAGUACACAAUUCACAACUACUUUUCUCUACCCUCUGUUCUUCUUCCUUCUUUUUUUCCCUUUCCUCUUCAUUCUUCCUCCUCUUUCUUCCUUAUUUUUCCCUUUCCUCUUUGUCCUUUCUUCUUUCUCCUCCUCUUCCUCCACCUUCUUCUUUCUUCUACUAAAGGGACUUAUAUGGCUCAUCACUCCAAAAAAAAAUAAUUAAAUGAAACCUCACAAAGGGCAAAAAUCGUAAAGGCUGACCCCGGCCUUCCAUAAAAGUGGGCAAGGAAUUAGUCACUGCAAGAUCAAAGCCCUCUUUUAUACCUUGUUCCCAGAUUCAGCUUGUCUAAGGUUAGAUGGCAAUAGAUCAAACCCAAGGAUUUCUAGACAAGGCAGAUUCAAAUUGCCAUGACAACUAGGAUUCUCUGGCUUUUGGCAAUCUUCUUAUUUGUUCUACCUCUAGGCAAACACUUCUAUAUGGCAGAAGGCACUCUUUACCAACUCUGCCUAUCUUUCAAUACUUCCCUGUCCCCAGAGCCUCACCCCCACACCCCUGGACCCCACUUCAGUCUAAUCUAUGAGGACUUGGUAGUCUCCUACCUCGGUUUUGUUGACUGUGUGCCAUUAUGAAGUCUUGAUCUCAUUUUAGGUUCCCUGGUGCCUGAAAAACUCCCUCCUCACUUUCACUUCUUCAAAGGCCUACAUGGGGAUUAUAAUUGCCCAACUUACAAUAAAAGAGACUGAGGCAGAGCUCUAAACCAAUGGCACUUUCUUGAAGUGUCCAUGGUCCCUUCUAAUGAAGUGGACCUCAGAUCUUCCUCAUGAUCUGAGAUGCUCCCUUCUUCCAGUACCUUGUUUUUGUAGGGUUUGGUACCCAAAUAUGCAAAAGAGGCAUGGCAAAAUACAGAAUCUCAUUGGUUGAUAGACCUUGGCUCUUGAGAGCCAAAAAUGACAUAUCAGCAUGAGGGAGGGGAAGGGGGUCACAGGUUGGAUGAAGCAUGGGGCAUCUCCACUGACUAAGUGGUCAUAAGAUGGUCACCUGCUUAUGUUGUAUGAGAGAGAAUGAUCUGGAGGUAUAAAAAUAAACUCAGCAACUUUCCAAAGUACUAAGACAUCACACCCAUGCUAGAUUUGGACAUGGAAUUGAGUGAAACAGGAUGGAGAUGUCUACAUCAAAGUUUGAGGCCCACUAUAAGAACCUAUCUAUCCAUACACAAUUUAUGUAAAAUAUCAAACUGAUUAAUGCUGAUUGGAAUAGAGUAAGGGUCCAAAUGAAUUAUUUCUCACACCUAACAAGGCUUAGUUCAAGUAGCAGUUCCUACAUAACAUCUUUCCUGAUUCCCCAAAUUUUUUAAGCUUCUUCUUGCCCUCAAAAAAGGGGAUGGAGGGAGGGAGGGAAGGAGAGAGAGAGAGGGAGAGAGAG